CCGAGCCUCAGCCCCCGGAUCACGGCGGCCCAGCCCGGCUCCGGUCCCGGUCCUGGGCCCGGCCCCGGCCGAAGAUGUCUUCUUCACGCACAGCGCUGGUCCCGGGCAACGAGCGCAACUCGGACACGCACCCCCCACUAGGGGGCAGCCGCUCUUCGGACAAGGGUCCGUCGUGGUCCAGCCGCUCGCUGGGCGCCCGCUGCCGCAGCUCCAUCGCCUCCGGCCCCGAGGAGCAGCCCCACGUGGGCAGCUACCGGCUCCUGCGCACCAUCGGCAAAGGGAACUUCGCCAAGGUCAAGCUGGCCCGGCACGUGCUCACCGGCCGCGAGGUCGCCAUCAAAAUCAUUGACAAGACUCAGCUGAACCCCAGCAGCCUCCAGAAGCUGUUCCGUGAGGUCCGCAUCAUGAAAGGCCUGAACCACCCCAACAUCGUGAAGCUGUUUGAGGUGAUUGAGACGGAGAAGACGCUGUACCUGGUGAUGGAAUACGCCAGCGCCGGGGAAGUUUUUGACUACCUCGUGUCCCACGGACGCAUGAAGGAGAAAGAGGCCAGGGCCAAGUUCCGCCAGAUUGUGUCGGCCGUGCACUACUGUCACCAGAAGAACAUCGUUCACAGGGACCUCAAGGCCGAGAACCUGCUGCUGGAUGCUGACGCCAACAUCAAGAUCGCAGAUUUCGGGUUCAGCAACGAGUUCACGUUGGGCUCCAAGCUGGACACGUUCUGUGGGAGCCCCCCCUACGCCGCCCCUGAACUCUUCCAGGGCAAAAAGUACGAUGGCCCUGAGGUGGACAUCUGGAGUCUGGGGGUCAUCCUGUACACCCUGGUCAGCGGCUCGCUGCCCUUUGAUGGCCAGAACCUCAAAGAGCUGCGGGAACGGGUGUUGCGGGGCAAGUACCGCGUCCCCUUCUACAUGUCCACGGACUGCGAGAGCAUCCUGCGCCGCUUCCUAGUCCUGAACCCCGCCAAGCGCUGCCCCCUGGAGCAAAUCAUGAAGGACAAGUGGAUCAACAUCGGCUACGAGGGGGAGGAGCUGAGGCCGUACAAGGAGCCCGAGGAGGAUUAUGGGGACACGAAGCGAAUCGAGGUCAUGGUGGGGAUGGGCUACUCGAGGGAGGAGAUCAAAGAGGCGCUGAACAACCAGAAAUACAACGAGGUCACUGCCACCUACCUCCUGCUGGGCAGGAAGAACGAGGAGGGCGGGGACCGGGGGGCCCCUGGCCUGGCCCUGGCCCGGGUGCGGGCGCCCAGCGAAGGCAACGGCACGGCCAAAGGGUCCGGUUCUGGCCACAGCAAAGGUCAGCGCGGCUCCACGUACCACCGGCAGCGCCGGCACAGCGACUUUUGCGGCCCCUCCCCUGCGCCUCUGCACCCCAAGCGCAGCCCCACAGGCACGGGGGAGGCCGAACUGAAGGAGGAACGGCUACCGUCCCGUAAGACCAGCUGCAGUACGGUGGGCGGGAGCCGGGGCCUGCCCCCUCCCAGCCCCAUGGUCAGCAGCGCUCACAACCCCAACAAAGCGGAGAUCCCAGAGCGGCACAAGGACAGCGCCGGUCCCCCCAAUAACCUCCCCCCCAGCGCAAUGACCCGUAGGAACACGUAUGUAUGUACUGAGCGCCCAGGCUCCGAGCGCCCCUCCCUGCUUCCCAACGGCAAAGAGAACAGCUCUGGACCCCCAAGGGUACCGCCUGCCUCUCCGUCCAGCCACAGUCUGGCGCCCGCCUCGGGCGACCGCAGCCGCCUGUCCCGCGGCUCCACCCUGCGCAGCACCUUCCACGGAGGGCAGGUGCGGGACCGCCGCGGGGGGGCGGCUGUGCAGAACGGCCCCCCCGCCUCGCCCACCCUGUCGCACGAGGCCUCGCCGCUACCCCCUGGCCGCAGCCGGCCCGCCGCCAACCUCUUCAGCAAGCUCACCUCUAAGCUGACCCGCAGGGUCGCAGACGAACCUGAGAGAAUCGGGGGACCUGAGAUCACAAGUGGCCAUCUACCUGGGGCUCCGAAGGAAGCCACCUCCGGCCCCCGGCUGCUCCGAUUUCCCUGGAGCGUGAAGCUGACCAGCUCGCGCCCGCCCGAGGCGCUCAUGGCCGCCCUGCACCGCGCCACACACGCCGCACGCUGCCGCUGCCGCCAGCCUCAGCCCUUCCUGCUGUCCUGCCUGCACGGGGGCGCCGGCGGCCCGGACCCCCUGUCCCACUUCGAGGUGGAGGUGUGCCAGUUGCCGCGGGCCGGCCUGCGCGGGGUCCUGUUCCGCCGGGUGGCGGGCACGGCCCCGGCCUUCCGCUCGCUGGUCAGCCGCAUCGCCGACGACUUGGAGCUCUAGGGCCGGAGCCCUGGCCCCGCCGCCCCGCCCCCACAUCCCCUGUUCCCCGCCCCCCAGCCCCAGCGAAGACGUGGGCCCCGACCCCCUUCCCACCCUUCGCGGGGACGGGAACGGGGGCUGCGUCUCCCACCUCCCGGGCUGGGGCGGGGACCCAGAGCGGGCUUCGAGACUGAGCCGGCUGGGAGAGAUGAGGGGUGCCCCCCCGUCGCCUCACUCUCCACCACAUCUCUCUCCAGCUCCCAGCCCUAAGCUCCACCGAACCAGAUGUGUGUGUUGGGGUGGCGGCAGAGCCGAGCCCAGGGCGGGUUUGCAGUGGGGGUCUCCUGGCAGCUGUGAUCGGGGGCCAAAUGGCCGUUUCUCCCUUCAUCUCCCUUGGGGCCCGGCUCUGCCCCCAGCUCCCCAAACCACCCCCCGCCGCCAGGCCAGGGGAGGGGCCUCCAUCCGUCAUUCUGCCAGGGGCUGUGCAGCCCCCACCCCUCCUCAGGGAUACUGCCAGCCCCGCCCCUCCCCCCCCACCCCGGGAAGGCACCCGCCAACAUCGUGGUAUCUGGGCCUCCCUCCUCCCGCCCCCCCCUUCCCAGGGCCCGGCACUUUGUACAAACCCUGUAAAUAGACCCC